AUGACGGACGCGCGAAGUGCCACUCCGCCAGACCAGGCCAUGGCGCAGACGGCGAAGACGACGUACGACUUCAACUUCAGUGACUUCUUGCGACGAGAAUACCGUUUCGGCUUGGACCCGGAGCGCCCGCAAUGUAAGGCAUAUAUGCAGGGACAUUGUCCUCUGGGCAACCGCUGUCCGGACAAGCAUCAGGUAUCUUCAUCAUACAACAAUCUCGUCUGCAAGCACUGGCUACGCGGUUUAUGCAAGAAAGGCGAAACCUGCGAAUUCCUUCACGAGUACAAUCUCCGUCGCAUGCCCGAAUGCUCCUACUACGCACGUACGCAGACAUGCUCCAACGGUGACGACUGUCUAUACCUCCACAUCGACCCAGAAGCGAAACGUCCCGCGUGCCCCCACUACGACCGUGGAUUCUGCCCGCUCGGCCCGCAAUGCGCACUCAAGCACAACAAGAAAGCCAACAUAUGUCGUUUUUAUCUCGCUGGCUUCUGCCCGGAAGGUCCAGCCUGCAAGCACGGCGCUCACCCUCGAUUUCCGACUGAUCUAAAGAAGCCGGAGGUUCGCGUGGAGAAGACGCCCGAACAGCUAGAGCAGGAGCGGCUGGAGAGGGAAGCCGAGCGGGAGAGGGAAGACCGUGAAGACCGUGAGCAGCAAGAGCGGAAUCCUCAUCAUGCAGGCGGGCACAAACAAGGAGGCCGGUGGAACAAGGGUGGCCGAGGGCGAGGAAGAAGAGGACGUGGGCGCGGUAACUUCUGA